CGCACGCUGAGGCAGUAGGAGCGCGUGCCGUCAGUCCCAGGGGACGAUGAAUUUGCGGAGGUAGACUGCGUUUUACUCACUCUCCCUUCAAGUGGGUUUGAGGUUUUCGUACCAUUUUUUAAGUGCAAGUAGGAGGUGAUGUUAAGCUCCUGGCGCGCACACAGAUGUGUUUCUAAAAGCCUACACUGCGGUAGAAUGAGCGACUCAUUUACGACCUUCUACUAUGACGGAAACUUAAAUUCAGCUGAAUGACUUUAUGGAUUAGCGCGUGCUGGGGAGGACUGGCUAUGUAACUGACACGGGGAUUAAUCAAGCUCGUCCAAACCGCAUCCAUCCAUCUGGAAGGAACGUUAGUCUCUGCAGACUCCGUUCUUCUCCAUUCAUCCGUUACUAUGUAAGACAAUGGUACCAGUUCCUCUGCAAAAACACGCGCGGUUGCUUAGUUUCUGAUGCUUGGCUGUGAAACAAUCUGUCGAUCAGCACCAAAACCCGGUUUUCUCCAUUUCAUAUGGGCGAAGACGAGGAGUGCUCCAGCGCCCCUUCACGCCGCGGAGAAAAUGCAGAGAACGGAAAGAGCGGAGCAGCUCUGGACCCAGAAAGAGAAAAGAGGUAUGCGGAGCUGUUCGAGCAACUGGACUUGAAUAAAGAUGGCAGGGUUGACAUCAAUGAACUGAAGACCGGACUGGCAACUCGUGGUUUACAACUCCGAGAGGCUGAGAAGGUGACAGAAGAACCAACACAAAGCUCAGAGAGUAAUGGUGAUACAAGAUCACAGGUGAAAUUGGAUGAUGACUUGUUGGUUCAUUACUGUAUUUGA